AGUUAGCUUUAGCUAAUCAACAAGUUCAACAGAUCCAACUCAAACCAAAAAUCAAAAAUAUUUAUUAAUAAUUAUUGGGGUUUUUUGAGCCUUUAGAAAACAAACAACAACAGUUCCCAAAGUGUUUCUUGGAACGAAUUUGGUGGACUUCCCUGAUUUCCCUAAUCUCAUACGCUUUUGCGAUCACUGUUUGUGCGACUCUGGCACUUCUGCAGACCAUGGAACCGGUAAAGGCUGAGGGCAAAUACACCAUUGUGGGUCCCGGAACCAUCCACUCCCACCGCGACUACAACGUGUCCGUUGCCGUUCAUCAGACCAAGGAGCCGGUCACCCUGAAAAUUGGAAUCACAGGCCCGUCCUACAAUGAGACUCAGACCGUGGAGUUGGCCAACUCCGAUGAGUUCAAGCAGAUAUCCUUCCAUUUGCCGCCCCUGAAGUCGGGUGACUAUAACCUAACGGCUGAGGGCAUCAAGGGCUUGGACUUCAAGAACUCAACAAAGCUCAACUAUGAAGACUUCAAGCCUUACAUCAAAAUCCAGACGGAUAAGGGAAAGUACAAGCCCGGUGAUACAAUCAACUACCGUGUGAUCUUUCUGAACGAGAACCUGCUGCCUGAAUCCGCUUCGGACGAAGUGGUGGUCUGGUUCGAGGACUCCAAGCGUAAUAGGAUUAAGCAGGAGAAGCACAUUAAGACCACUGGUGGAGUGUACACUGGCAAAUUUGAGCUCUCCGAGUUCGCGACCUUGGGUUCGUGGUCCCUCCAAGUCCAAAAUAGUGAACAGCAGUCGAGCAGUGGUGGCGGAAUCUUUCCGAGACCCUUUGGUGGUUUUGGACAUUUCUGGCGUCGCUCCGAUGAGCGGGUUAACUUCGAGGUGGAGAAGUAUGUCCUGCCGAAGUACUCUGUGAACAUGGAAGCCAACCAACAGGUUUCUGUUCGGGAUGGCGAACUUAAUUUGGUCUUGAAGGCUAAUUAUACCUAUGGGAAACCCGUGAAUGGCAAGGUUUUGGUCAAUGUUCACUUGGACGACACGAGCACUUGGGAGAAUAUUAAUGGCAAGACCGAACGCAAAGACUUCCCGGGGCACUCGGUGAUUGGAACCACCGACAUGGUCGGCGGCAAGGCCAAACUGAGCCUGGAUCUCAAGGAGUUUGCCAGCUACUUGCCGUACAAAACAUCCUCGUCCUACGCCACAAUUACGGCCACCCUCGAGGAAGACUUCACUGGCGUGAAGCUCAACGAAACCGCCGGUGUUCAACUGUACCCUUACCGCUACGAAAUGUCCUGCGUAGACUACUCCAGCUGCUUUUCGUUUAAGCCGGACAAGGAAUACGAGAUAACCUUCAAGAUAACCUUGGUCGAUGGGACUCUUUUGACAGACACCAAGUCGGUGGUGAAGGCUAAGUUCACGGAGGGAAUCCGACGAAACUAUGGAUGGUAUCACCACGGUGUAGAGGAAAAGGUGCCGGAGCUGCCUAAGAUCGAAAAGAAGACGCUCGUAUUUGAGAGCCAUCUGAAUGAAUCGAGUCUGGCCAAUUUCAAGGUCAAUCUCCCAGACCUGCCCGACAUGGAGAACUACACCCGCUAUUACGCUAUUGAACUAGAGUUUGUAGAUGAGAAGCGUGAGCUCUACACCACCUACCCCUACAGGGAGCCCAAGAAGCUGGAUAAGCCCGAUGACGAAGAGGAAAAGGAGAAGGAGUGGUUCAAAGCUCAGGUGCAAAGGCCCAAAGAUACCUGGAACCUGAAGAUCGGAAAGGAAUACCAGGUGACGUUGAACUCCAGUCGGCCACUCAAAUACUUUGUCUAUAACAUUGUCGGACGUGGAAACAUCCUGGAGACCAAGCGCGUGGAGCUUUCGGAACCCCAAAAUGUUUACAAUAUCACUUUGAAGCCAACUUUCCUGACCGCGCCGAAUGGUCGUAUCUACUUCUACUAUGUGGACGAAACCGGCGAGUUCCGCUAUGCCGAGGAGACGUUCAGCGUGGAGGUGGAGCUGCAGAAUACUAUCGAAAUUAAAGGACCUGAGGAGGUGAAGCCUGGAGCCGAUGUGGAGCUGGAAAUCAAGACUCCAGCCAAGUCAUUCGUCGGCCUGUUGGCCGUGGAUCAGAGCGUGCUCCUUUUGGGAAGCAACAACGACCUGAACAAGGACUCCUUUAAUUGGCGUCUAAAUGGCUAUGACACAUCGACCCCAUGGCAGGGAGGUUACUCUUACUUUCCCGGAGAACGCAGCGGCGUGGUGACACUGACAAAUGCCAACUUCUUCUAUAACCUAACUGCGCCUGUGGCUUAUCCCCAAGCUGCUGGUUUUGGUGGAGUCAAUUUCGCAAUGAGAAAAACGGCAGUGGCCAACGAUGCCGUCCUACAAACCACAACUGCUACACUGGGUGCAGCUGCCCCUCAAGCGGUCGGAUUUUCCGCUGAAAGUGCCGCGGCAACCCCUACCGUGCGCAAGAACUUUGCCGAGACUUGGAUCUUCGCCGAUAUUGAGAGCACUCAAGAGGAGGUUUUCAAGUGGGUGAAGACCAUUCCGGACACAAUCACCAACUGGGUGGUCACUGGUUUCUCGCUGCAUCCGGAGAAGGGCUUGGGCGUCACCGACGACAAGGUGAACAUCAGGACCUUCCAGCCUUUCUUCGUGUCUGUCCGACUGCCGUAUUCCGUGAAAAGGGGCGAGGUGAUCAGUGUGCCUGCUCUGGUCUUCAACUACCUGCCCAAGCAGCUGGACGUAGAGCUAACCCUGGAAAACCUAGACGACGAGUACGACUUUGUGGAUGCCUCCAAUGAAGUAAUCGGUGACCAGAAGCGCUCUCAAAACAUUCGAGUUGGAUCCAACAAAGCGGCGGGCGCCAACUUCCUGAUUCGCCCGAAGGUCAUCGGCAAUAUUCUACUCAAGUUCUCAGCUAUUUCGCCGCUGGCCGGCGAUGCUGUACACAGGUCGCUGAAGGUGAUCCCGGAGGGCAUCACCAAGUACCAGAAUAGGGCUUUCUUCAUCAACCUGAAGGACACCGGAGAGUUUAAAACCAAUUUCGAGCUGGAGGUGCCGGAGGACAUUGUUCCCGAUUCUGAGCGCGUCGAGUUCGGACUAGUUGGCGAUCUGCUCGGCCCCGUGGUGAAGAACCUUGAGAGUCUGCUGCGCCUGCCUAGUGGAUGCGGCGAGCAGACCAUGUCCAAGCUGGUGCCAAACUAUCUGGUCAGGGACUACCUGAAGAGCAUCAAAAAACUUACCCCCGCUUUGGAAACGCGUAUCAAGAGGAACCUGCAGGAGGGUUACCAAAAUAUGCUGCACUACCGCCACGAUGACGGCAGCUUCAGUUCCUUUGGACCUCACAAAUGGAGGCCAGAGGAUCCCGAACGCAACGGAUCCACCUGGCUCACGGCCUACGUCCUCAAGUCCUUUAGCAAGAUCAAGAAUAUCGUGGAUGUGGAUGAGCAGAUUUUGGAGAAGGGUUACAGCUUCCUCCUAAGUCGUCAGGCCGAGAAUGGCAGCUUCACCGAGGAUGGCGAGUACUUCUAUGGCUCUCAGCGCUCAAGUCUGACUCUCACAGCCAACUCCCUUCUGGCACUGCUCGAACUGGAGAAACCGGAAGCCCAUCAGGAAGCCAUCGACAAAGCCGUAGCAUACCUAGCUGCCAACACGGCGGAAUCCGAGACGAUACUGCCCAAGGCCAUUGCCGUCUACGCUUUGCAGAAGGCCAAGGCCCCAAACGCCGCUAAGGAGGUGGAAAACCUCAAGUCCCUGGCUCAGAAGGAAGAUGACCGCACCUGGUGGACGGAGGACCUCGAUAAAUUGCGUGCUACCAAUGGUUGCGGGCGCUGGUGGUGUUGGGUGUGGAGCAACGAUGUGGAGAUCACUUCCUAUGCUCUGCUUUCCCUCCUCGAAUCUGGUGAGAAGGUGACGGACGACACGGUGGUGAACACAAUCCGCUGGCUGGUUGCCCAGCGAAACAGCUUCGGUGGCUUCGCCUCCAGUCAAGACACAGUCGUCGGUCUCACGGCCCUCAUCAAGUUCGCCGAGACAUCUGGCUACGAGGCAUCCAAGUGGGAGGUCACCGUGGCCAACAAGGGAAAACGCGAAAAGACUGAAAAGCUGAAUACAUCAGAUGAGAACGAUCUCCUGCUCCAGACCGUUGAGUUCCCUCAGGGCACCAAGUCGCUGGAGUUUGAAGCUAAGGGAACCGGCGCUGCUCUCGUCCAGAUCAGCUACCAAUACAACAUUGUGGAAAAGGAUCCCAAACCCAGUUUCAAGGUGGAGACUGUUGUGCAGCCCGAGACCACGCCGGCCAAACUGGACCUGGCCGUGUGCGUGGACUUUGUUGAGGAAGGUAAGGAAAAGACCUCUAACAUGGCCAUUCUGGAGGUGUCUCUGCCAUCAGGCUACACUGCUGACGAGGAAAGCUUCAAGGAAAUCCGCGAGAUCGAGCGAGUGAGGCUCGUGGAAACCAAAAAUGGAGACUCUGUAGUUGUGGUCUACUUCGAGAACCUGGAAAAGAACCAGAAGAAGUGCAUUCCGAUCGAGGCCUUUAAGACCCAUGCUGUGGCCAAUCAGAAACCAUCCUCGGUAGUCCUUUACGACUAUUACGAUACCAACAAGAAGGCCACCGAAUAUUACUCGAUCGAUUCGAAGCUGUGCGACAUUUGCGACGAUGCCGAGUGCAAGAGCAAGUGCUAAACUAAGAUUAACCAAAACUAAUUAAUUAAUUAUGGCCUUCUAAACGAAAAAUAAAAUUAUCUAAUUGUAAUAUA